AGAGCUUGGGCUUGUCGCAUCAAAAGCCAAGUGGCAACACAGCAAUCUAUUCUACAGAACAUCGGGCUUGAAUCACUAUUACAUCCAAAUUGAACCCCCAUAGCUCCCAAUUCACCAAUAAACAAACAGUAUGGCUUCCGACGCCGACGUCCCCAAGCGGGAGUCAACACCGACGGCUUCACUCUCGUCGAUUCCCCAGAAGCGAGCGCUAGACGAGGUUCAUAUCCCAGCAGUUUCUUCUCCUUUGAAUCCCGACUCCCAUACUCCCGAUGAUGCCUCUCAAUCGAACCGCUCAAAGCCAGCCCGUGUCAAGAAAGAGUCCUUCAAGAAAAGAGACGCACGAGGAGGUGACAGCGUGCCUCCUACACCAGACUCAAAGGCAGCUCGAGAACGCAAAGUGGCGGCGAACCUCGGACCUCUACGCUAUAAACUUGCGCCCCCAAAAUCCUCGGAUUUCGAAGCUCCCCGUGGGCCUGUCUUGACAGUACACAGUGAAAUCGUAGGAUCGGAUGGCAAAACGGUCGAAUUCUACGAGACCUCGGAUCAUGUUGCCAACAAGAAAAACUUCCGCUAUACCCACUGCAUCGCCGAUCCUCUUUUCCCAACAACCAUCUAUUACCGCCAGACCGAGCCAGAGCCAUACGGCCCCAGAAUGAGCCACGAAGAUGCAGCCGCGCAUGUUUACUUUGAUAGUACAGCUCUGCAAGUUACAACAGACAAAGGCUUCCGAUUAACACGAGCAAAUGUUGCUGUUCGCGAGGGCCGGUGGUUCUGGGAGUGCAAGAUUACACAAGGCAUUAAACCAGCCGCUGAUGGCCAGGAUAAGCUGCAACUAGGAAAGCAUGUACGAGUCGGAUGGGCAAGACGCGAGUCAUCGCUGGAUGCGCCCGUUGGCUUUGAUUGCUACAGCUAUGGCGUCCGUGAUGUAGCCGGCGAGAAGGUCUACAUGUCCCGGCCGAAAGAGUUCUUCCCGGCCGGCGAGGGCAUACGUGAAGGCGAUGUCAUAGGUCUCGAAAUCCAACUGCCCUCUGAACGCUUGCAUCGCAAAAUCAUGGAGGGUAACUUCCACCCGCUCGCCGACGCAGCGGAUGACGAUACCACACCGACUGCCGCGGCAGCUAACAUUGUCCGAGACCGAGUGCCGAUCCGCUUCAAAGCGCACACUUACUUUGAAAGGAUUGAGUACCACACAACACGAGAACUGGAAGACUUGAUGAAUCCAUCCAUGUCGGCUUCAUCGACAGCAUCGAGCGACCCGCCUCAUCCUAACCACGCCAGUCCUGCUCUACGGACAUUACCAAACUCUUAUAUCAAGAUCUACAAGAACGGCAAGCUCAUGGGCACCGCGUUUGAAGACCUCCUCGGCUUUUUGCCGCCGGCUUCAAAGCCAAUGCCUCAGGUCGGCGCACGUGAGGGCAUGGAUGAUGGCAUGCUGGGUUAUUACCCUGCCAUUAGCAUCUUCCGUGGCGGCGCUGCUGAAGCCAACUUUGGUCCCAACUUUGCGUAUCCACCUCCUGAUUAUGAUCCGUCAUCUACUACCCAACCAUCCUGUAAACGCCUUCGAGGUAUCUACGAGCGCUAUCAAGAGCAGAUUGCGGAAGACAUUGUAUAUGAUAUCAUUGACGAGGUGGACUUCUGGAUGCAGGAUGCAGGCGAUGAGAAGGGCAGUUCACAAAAGAACACACCACAAUCACUUGCUCCAGCCAGGGAAGAAAUUAAGGAACUCAUGGAGGAUGAUUGAAACGCUAUAAUGGUAUUAUGAAAAGCUCAAAAAUUUUAUUUAACAUUUAUAAUUUAAGGGAUACCCUCAUUGUAUAUCGCAGCUGCUCUGUAAAGCUUCAUCAAGGUCGUGUCUGUCAUUUUUUAGAUUUAUUAAUUCAAAGGGCGUUUCGCGGUCAUACAAUCAUGCUGUUUUAGUUGUGCGAAGUCGAGGCAGUUGUUGCAACGGUUGCAGAAGGCUCAUCAGUAGGAGGUGUAAUAACAGUCUCGGGAGCAGGCAGAGCAGGAUCAUCUGGGAGCUCUUCAACGCGGUCUGCGCCAUCAAUGGGAGCUUCGGCAUCGGUCUUCUCUCGUUCCAGUCGAACCUCACGGCCGCGCUUGUGGCAGUACCACAGGACAAACAGGAGCACUAUAUGAUAUGUUAGUACAGAAUGUCAUCCAAAUAGGACCAGAGGUAGUUAACUUACAACUGAGUGCAACACUCCACAGUACAUUCAUACCGAUAAAUGCUGGCCAGCGUGUCUUUAGUGCUUCAACGAUGGCGCGCAGCAUGCCCACAAGGGCACCUGGCUUUGUUACAAGCUCAGCGAGGUUAUGCGGCAUAAUAAUAUUCUUGGCAGCACCCUUGAGUCCCUUGUCCUUGUCCGUCUUGAUGCCCUGUGAAGCGGCGGCUGCUGCAAGAAUCUCGGGGCCCAGGGACUGGGUAAUCUUGUCUGGGAGCUGCAUCACAAGCUUCUUCAGCGAUGAUGGCAACUUGUCAAAGCCCUUGGAGAUAGCACCAUCCUUGUCUUCAAUAAGAGAUGUAAGGUCGUCGUAUGCGGUCGGGACGCCGUUCACAAGAUCUUUAAACACCUGUGUGAAUCUCUGCAAAAUGGCCGAGGAGUCUGCCGAAGCGGCCACAACCUUGUUGUUCUUCGCCGAGAGAUUGAGUCGGUCGAGAACGCGGCUGAGGUCGUGCUUUUCUCUCUCUGCUUCCUUGGGUGUGACAUUAUCGUCUGGCUUCAAGCCCUCGCCAGGCUUCUUGGUCCUUGUAAAUAGCAUAGAGAGGCGGUUGGUCUUCUUAGGGGCUUUUUCAGUCUUGGAUGCCUCAUCCAGCUUGGUCGAACUUGCUUCAUCGCCGCUAAUCUCAUUAUCGGUAUGCCAGUCGAUGUCGGCUACAUUGACGCGGGGCGGCAAGGCUGGUGCUUGGUCGUCGUCGGCGUUGGAAAGAAGCUCUUCGAUGAACCGCUCAUCCUCGUCAUGGAGAACUGGGUGCUCGGAUCCCGGUAGAUCGAGCUUGCUUGACUCUCCAUGUUUGACAGCAUCGCCAGCGGCUUCGUUCUUGGCCUCCUGUUCGGCUGCCUUUUUGGCUUCCUUUUCAGCUCUGUGCUUCUUUACUUUCUUGUAGGUAAAGUACUCGAGCAUCUUGGGCGAUGGUAAGCCGAUGUGAUUUUGUUUUUGUGAAGCAGUAAAUGCGAUUCAGUCGUAGUUGAUUUACUGCAAGGGGGAUAAGUCAAAGCGUUGUCCAAUGUGAAGAAGAGAAUGCGCCGCACC